UGCUGCAUUCCGCUUCCCCACGCCAUGUUCCCCGGUGCACGCGUUGACGAGUCCCUCAUCUGAGCCGCUGCGCCGCUGCGCCUCACGACACGGGCAGUGAGACAGUGCACGAAGCACGCGAAGGCGGCCGUGUCUGCCUGGUGCCCUGCCUGCCCUAGACUACAAACACCCGCACUCCGCUUGCCUCACUCCAGCGAGCACGGCACAGACGAGAUCGCCCGCCAUGGUCAAAGCUGAUGCUUCGCGAAAUUACUAUGCCGACCUCAAGGUCGCGCCCACCGCCAGCGAGAACGAAGUGCGCAAGGCCUUCCGCUCGCUGGCCCUGCAGUACCACCCGGACCGCAAUCCAGGGCACGAGGCCGACUUCGUGGUGAAGUUUCAGGAGAUCCAGGCCGCCCACGAGGUUCUGUGUGAUCCCACCCUCCGCCUGAAGUACGACAACGAAAGGAAGAAAUACCGCCACCUGAACAUACCCACGAACACGCCGAACACGCCGCGAGCUCGACCACCCCCGCCGCCUCGCAAUGCCCACACCACCACCACGCCCAGCGGCUCCUACUACCGUGCUCCUCCGCCAAAGCCCCAGCCCCAGCCCCAGCCCCAGCGGCCGCCCCCACCGCAGCACUACCAGACAUACAACGCCGGCCAGGACAGAUUCACGAACAAGAACUUCCGACCGCCGCCAACGGCACAGCGACCGCAUGCAGCGGCGCAGAAGGAUGCUCAGGACCGUGCCAACGUAUUCACGGCAUGGCAGAAGAUGAAGACGGGCGCCCAGCCUGAACAGCCUCGCCCGAACCCCACAAACCCAAACAACCCCAACGGCACCCCUUUUGGGCGAAGUCAGAGCACGAGGGUGCCGUCCACAAAGAGUGGCUUCAACCCCGGAACGCCCGGUGCAGAUGAAGGGCCAGCCAAGUCUGGAGGCUACCGUUCGAGCUAUGCUCGCCCGACCGCGACACCACCCAUGCCUGCCGAAUCAAGCUCGCCAAACGUCGACGCCCCGUUCUCUGAAGGCAAUCGUGUGCGGACGCCGUAUUACACCAAGGCCGCAGGCAUUCGUGAGGAAGGCAUCGGGAGAUCUGCAAGCAUGCGUAAUUCGCCAUCGCAGUCGCACCAGCCUAGCCCCUCGGCCGACUCAGGCACCUACUCGGAUUCUGGACGGAGACAGCAACGAAACUCAUAUGGCGGUAACUCGAGUAGGCCCCAGUUCCCCCAGAUGUACCCAGACUCAAGCGAUGAAUCUGAGGCCGAGAUCUUCCGGACCAGCACUAGGAACAAACCACGGCCACCACCAAAAGCUUCACGCCCACCUCCUCCUAUAUGGGCUCAGAAUGCUUUUGAGACCCCUCCACAUAAGCAAACUACCCCUCCGCCCAGCAAUGGAACCAACAACUUCAAAAGCAGAAGCGAAGAAAGCAUCAACAUGAAGUUCUCACCAUCUGACUGGCAUGGCAAGUUUCAGGGUAGUGCUGAUUAUUUUGCACCCAACGUCCCGGCUAACAAAGGUCGACAAUCACCUACACGGGGAAAGGCGAUGCCGCAGCGAACAACGCCCCCAAAUCCAGCAUCAGACAACACGUUCAAAACUCAGUUUGGCUACAUGCCUCCGCCGCCUCCAGGACCACCUCCUCAGUCUAAAUUUGCUCCUGCUGCCGAAGCUAUGCCCCAUACUGCGAAGUUCAGUCCAGAGAUCUGGAGCGAAACCUUUAAGGAGCCAAGCUGGGCGAUGCCAAACGAAGUUCCUGACCGUAAGAACGCGGAUGCUUUGAAGCGCCCAAAGCCUGUACGCAAGCAGUCCAUACCAAGACCGCAAGAUCAACCUGACAGGUCCCGACCAAAAUAUCAGGCGACGGCAGAGGAACCUACAGGCGAACCUGACGAGAUGGACAUUGAUUCUGAUACUCCGCCGACCAGAAACGCCAACACCUCCGCUACAAGGCCAAAGACUGCGCCGUCGUCACCGAGAAAGGAAAAGUCAAGGAGGACCGGCUCUGUGCCUCCGAAGACAGCUCCUUCUCCUGCUCCUGUUGGCACAUCUUCCACUCCGGGCUUGAAUGGUCUUUCUGGUAUUGCCGCCGUCGAACCCUUCCUUUCCACCCAGAACGAUGGCCUCUCAGCAUUCGAUGCACUCAAGAAUACGCUACCAUUCGAAUCACAAGCCUCAUCUGCACACCCCACGAAAGCGAACACCCCGCGCACGUUGAAAUUGCCACCCCUGCCUGCGGCUCCUCAUGCACCUCUGAAACUCGAUCAAGCUACUACGGACGCGUACUUUAGUCACAUGGAGGGCUAUGUGAAAGCCUUCCACACCUUCAGCAAGGGCAUUACCAACCACUUCGCUUCCAGAAGCACGGAGCUCGAGGACCUCGAUGAUCGAUUCAUUCACAUCCGCGGCGAGACAACCAAGAAGCUUGGCUUCGCCAGCUACCUUAACCGUAUGAAGGAGGAUGAGGCGGUGAUGACCACGUGGAAGAUUGCGCAAGAGAGGCACAUCAAGGCGCUAGAACAGUGUGAGGAAGUGCGAAACAAGACUAUCAAGCUGUAUCAGUGAGCGGCUAAACACGUCAUCUUCCCUUGCUUGCGCUUGUGCUGAUGCCCCCUCAGCGUCGGCCUUAUUGAAGACGACACAAGCCCGAUGAAAUGUAUGAGGGAAAGACUUGUCGAGAUUGUUGCUGGACUGUCCUUGCGGCGGUCACUGUCACUUGCGACACCGACGCCCGUUCUUGGCCCGACGGCCGCGGCCAUGCGAUCUUGUCCGUACGCU